AUGGUCGUGUGGUGUGAACGCUGUGACAGAUCGUACCGCACGUCCCAUGCACUCAACCAGCACGUCCGCGACUCGCCAAACCACCAUGAAUGCCCCGAAUGCGACUUCGACUGCGCUACCUGGGAUGACUUGCUAGACCAUUGUCGCGAUGAAGGUUGCCGCACUGUGUGUCAAGGCUGCAAUGAUGGAAGUGGGUCGCACUGGGAGUUUCAAUGCGACGAGUACUGGGACCAUGUUGAAGAUUUCAAUGUUUGCACUCAGUGUGAGAGGCAUUUCACAUCGUCAAGCCAUCUCCAUCAGCACCGGCUUUCUCACCGUAAACCGACGUACGAGUGCUACCAGUGCACUAGAACGUUCAAGACAUACGGCGGCAUGAUCAUCCAUCUCGAACGUCGUACUUGUAGCAACAUUGAUUACACUGAUCUUAACAAGCUUGCAGCUGAGUGCUAUAAAUGGAAUUAUUUCAUGGACGAGAGGUAUCGAGACGAGUUGCUCAACGAGGGCGAUACCGUAUACGACGUCGCUCCACUGGAGAAGGAAGUAUUCUUGACAAAGGCUUGGUUUGCUAUGUAUUGGGAUAAGAACGGAGGCCCACCCGAAGAAAAGUACAAGAAGCCCAACACCCUCACCGAGAAAGAGAUUUCUUAG